GCGAGGUCGCGGUGGAGCUGAGGCGCGGUUCGUGCAGGGCCAGGCUCCUCAGGACCGGGCUGGAAGGUGCGGCUCCUGGCCGAGACACGUCGUGCUUUCCCGGUUAGGGAAGUGGCGGAGCCAGAGACCCCUCUGCAGCGCGGGGCUGAGCUCGCCACGCAGGCGCCCGCGCCCCCGCCGCCAUUGUUGCCCCGGGCCUCUCCGGCCGCUCGGGCUGCGCGUCCGCCCGGCCCCCGCGACAGGGUCUCUUAACCAUCCCUGCAAGUUCUGGGCUCAGAAUUUGUAACUAAGGCUGCUAACUCUACCUUGACCCUGUUCUGCCCUUGGCUGCAGCAGCCCUUGAUAUAAUGUCUUUGUGGUUCUAGCAUGAGACUUCAAGGAUUUGGCUCACUACUGGAGAUAUAAAGAAUAUUGCCAGAUUGACUUUCCCACCUGUAGCGAUGUUGGCCUCGUGCAAGAGGAUGACCAGUUCUUCACGUGCCCAAGUCCUUCUCAUGUGGAAGCCAGACAAGGCUCAAAGUGGACCCCACAACAUUGCGAAGGAAACCCUUGCUUCAAGAAUCUUGCGUGACACUGAGACCUGUCGACAGAAUUUUAGGAAUUUUCCAUACCCAGACCUAGCUGGUCCUCGAAAGGCAUUGAAUCAGCUCCGAGAGCUCUGCCUUAAAUGGCUGAGACCUGAGAUUCACUCAAAGGAACAAAUUUUGGAGCUGCUGGUGCUGGAGCAGUUCCUGACCAUCCUGCCUGGGGAGGUUAGGACUUGGGUGAAGUCCCAAUACCCAGAGAGCAGUGAGGAAGUGGUGACGCUGGUAGAGGAUUUGACUCAGAUUCUAGAAGAGGAAGCUGUUCCUCAGAACACUGCCCUUCCCCAAGAGACCCCAGAGGAAGACUCCAAAGGAAGACCUGCUUUCCAGGCAGGGUGGUUAAAUGACUUGGUGACCAAAGAGUCAAUGACAUUCAAAGAUGUGGCUGUGGAUAUCACCCAGGAGGACUGGGAGAUAAUGCGUCCCGUACAAAAGGAAUUGUACAAGACUGUGACAUUACAGAACUACUGGAACAUGGUUUCUCUGGGACUUACGGUGUACCGACCAACUGUGAUUCCCUUACUGGAAGAACCAUGGAUGGUGAUAAAAGAGAUCUUAGAAGGCCCUAGUCCAGAAUGGAAAACAGAAGCCCAAGAGUGUACUCCAGUUACAAAUACUUCUACACUCGUAAAGACUGGAACUCAAACUGUCAAAUUGGAAGAACCAUAUGAUUACGAUGAGAGAUUUGAGAGGCACGCAUCAGAUACCUAUAGGAAAAUUCCCACGAAUGAAAGAAAUUUAACUUUGAAGUCAGUUAUCUCAAAAGAAGAUGACCCUAUGGAAGAGUGUCUCAGUAAAUAUGAUAUCUAUCGAAAUACUUUUGAAAAGCAUUCAAACCUAAUUAUUCAGUUUGGUACCCAGUCAGAUAAUAAAACUAUGUAUGAUGAAGGCAGGGCAACCUUCAAUCAUGUUUCAUAUGGUAUUGUACACAGAAAGAUAUAUCCUGGAGAGAAGCCUUAUAAAUGUAACGUGUGUGGGAAAAAGUUUAGGAAAAACCCAUCCUUUGUGAAACACCAAAGCACCCAUACCAAAGAAAAAUCUCAUGAAUGUGAAGAAUGUGGGAAAGAGUUUAGGCACAUCUCGUCCCUUAUUGCACAUCAGAGAAUGCAUACUGGAGAAAAACCAUACGAAUGCCACCAGUGUGGUAAAGCCUUCAGCCAGCGUGCCCACCUUACUAUACACCAGAGAAUUCACACUGGAGAGAAACCCUAUAAGUGUGAUGACUGUGGCAAAGACUUCAGUCAGCGUGCACACCUCACUAUACAUCAAAGGACACAUACUGGAGAGAAACCAUAUCGAUGCUUGGAAUGUGGUAAAACUUUCAGCCACAGUUCAUCACUGAUUAAUCACCAGAGAGUUCAUACUGGUGAGAAACCUUAUAUAUGCAACGAAUGUGGGAAGACUUUCAGUCAGAGUACACACCUUCUUCAACAUCAAAAAAUACAUACUGGAAAGAAACCAUAUAAAUGCAAUGAGUGUUGGAAAGUGUUUAGUCAGAGUACUUACCUCAUUCGACAUCAGAGAAUUCAUUCCGGAGAGAAGUGUUACAAAUGUAACGAAUGUGGGAAAGCCUUUGCUCAUUCCUCAACUCUUAUUCAACAUCAGACCACUCACACGGGAGAGAAAUCCUAUAUAUGUAAAAUAUGUGGAAAAGCCUUCAGCCAGAGCGCAAACCUUACUCAACACCACAGGACUCAUACCGGGGAGAAACCGUACAAAUGCAGUGUGUGUGGGAAAGCGUUCAGCCAGAGCGUCCACCUUACUCAGCAUCAAAGGAUCCACAAUGGAGAAAAACCCUUCAAAUGCAAUAUAUGUGGGAAAGCAUACAGACAGGGUGCCAACCUCACUCAGCAUCAAAGGAUUCACACCGGAGAGAAGCCGUAUAAGUGUAAUGAAUGUGGGAAAGCCUUUAUUUAUUCCUCCUCACUUAAUCAACAUCAGAGAACUCAUACUGGAGAAAGGCCCUAUAAAUGCAAUGAAUGUGAUAAGGAUUUUAGCCAGAGAACAUGCCUUAUUCAACACCAGAGAAUUCACACAGGAGAGAAGCCCUAUGCAUGCCGUAUAUGUGGUAAAACCUUCACGCAGAGUACAAAUCUCAUUCAGCACCAGCGUGUGCAUACAGGUGCCAAACACCAUAAUUAAUGGAUACAGGAAACUUCAGUUAGGUCUUACAGUUCAUUCAAAUUUUAUUUUGUACUUUGUUAAAACAUGAUUCAAAAGAAACCCAAAAGAAGUGCAAUAUGUGUUAGAUGUGGCUCAGCAGAAGUAUCAAAAUUAGUAAUGUGGAUAUAAGCUAUUUAAAUUGAAUGUGAAAUUUAAAGAGAAAACUUUAUUCACUUCUUCACCUUUACUUGAAAUCAAUGUAAUUCAUGCCAGAAAGAAACCCUGCAAAAGUCAGAGUACUCAAAAACCUGUAACUCAUUGACUCUUAGUGUAUUUCAAGUACUUCUUAAUGAGACUUUAAGAAUGUAACUGGGGAAAGCUUCCAUCAAGUAGGGAUUUCACACUAGUGAGUCAUCUUGGGAUAACUGAAAAAGCUGCUUUGAGGCCUUUAUUGCUUCCCAGCUUUGAAGCCUUAAAUAUGUAAAGGGUUCCCUUCCCUUUUCCUGUUAUGCCAUAACUGCCAUGUGGAGCCAGUAGGUUUGCAAAAUAUAUAUAGUGGAAAGCAUCUUAAUUUUUAUGUGACAACUGUUCAAUUACAUUUUCCUUUAAGUAUGGAAAUAUUCAAGGAAGAGAGCUUACCGAAAGCUGACCUGUUAGGAUAAACUAAUGUAUAUAUAGCCCUUAGGCAUUUGUACAAAUUUAGUUAAACAGGCAAAAGUUAAACACCCAACCUUAAAUUUAUCUUUAAAACAUCAGGCUUAGUUUCACUAGGUUUUGACAUCUGUCUGCCUGAAGGAAAAAAUAAGAAUAAAAGUCCCUGACAUCUAAUAAUAAAAAAAAUAAAAGUCACCUGAAUAAUAAAAAAAAUAAAAGUCACCUGACUCCUAAAUUCAUAACUUAAGGUUCCCUGUGGCUGUUUUACCACAGAAAGCCCAUUUCUGUUGAGACACUGUGCUCAGGGCCCAGACUUCCUAAUUGGAUCUUUUCAGGGCUGCUUCUUGUGCUAAAAACCACAGCUAAUUUAAGCAACAGAAAGCUUCCUAAAGUAGUGAAAGAUGACAAAGGACAUGUCACGGAAUGAGCAUAAGAAGCCUACUAAGCUGGGUUGCCAGAUGUGCCCCCCCCCCCACAUUCCAAGACAAACAAGGAGUGAAAACAGCUAUUUACAGAGUGUGAGGAAAAGAUCAGUGAUAGAAAAUAGACGUAAAGUUCACUACAGAAAGUGGGUGAGGGCAGAAAUCAAGGGUGAAGACUUAGCCGUGAAGAAAGGAUACACAGGGGACUUAGCUCAUGAACUGUUGUUAGACUUGGUUUAUCUAAGUAAGACUGGCUAAUUGGAUGAGACAAAAUUUAGCCUGUUGAUAAGGAACCAAAAAUGAAGUGACUGAUUUUAGAGUAAUAAUUGGAAUUGAUACUUUCUCAUAAGUAAAAAUGGGGAUUAGUCUUAAAAUGUCAGGAAACAUUGGAAAACGCAUUGAUGCAGAAACUAUCAUUGAUGCAGUCAUCAUUGAACAAUAAUAACUAAGUUUGUGGGGUCCUAAACCUAAAAGGAAAACUGGCAGAAAUGCAAGCAGAAGUAGGUACAAUUACUGUUACGUUCAAUCUCCACAGCAUUCCGCUGUCAGAAUGUAAGACCACAUUCUGAGAGCUGAGGUUUCGUCCUCUUAAUUCGUUUCUUCAGUGCCUUGCGUGUGGGAAGCCGUCAGUAUAUGUUUGUUGAACUAAGAAAUACGUAGGUAAGUUAGAGGUGAGUAAUAAGGUAGAAUUAACGGACUCAGAGUGAAGUUGAAUUUAAAAUUAUUUUGUGUACAUGUGCAAAAUGCACAAAACCACUAACAAAGAGUGGUUAUUUAUUGGGUACUAGGAACUACCAUUAAAUUGAAGAGUCAGAAUUCCACAUCUUAAUGUGGGGAAUAUUCUUAAAUUGCGGGACAUCUUUGCACAGGAAGUUUUCCUGAGCUGGAUGAAAAGUCCGCAUUCUGGUGCCAUAGAUAUCAGUAUACAGAGCACACGGUUCCAUUUGGAUGUUACUGUUGAUAGAAACAUCCUGCAAAACAGGUGCUGAAGCCAAGACCAGGGGUUCUACCAUCUUCCAGGCUUUCUUCUUGAGUGUUUUCUUCAGAAGUUACUGCUUUCCCUUGUCCUCACAUCAGUUAACCCCGAUGUCACAGAAUCCUUCACGAAGCAUAGACUGUCUUCGGGUUGCAUAGUCAAGUUACGCUUAUGCCAUAGUUACUUUUGUGUUAGACAAUAACCGCUGUAUUUAAGAUGCAGUUUUUAUUUAUGGUGCCACUUCACACCUCACACAACACUUUUCCCCCCUCCUGGCAUGGAUGUGUGGAGUAUCACAGUCCCUAGCGCCUUUCUUUGCUUUAAUUUGUAUUUCCUGCCUUUGUGAGUUGUAUGUAAAUAACGCAUCCCUAAAGUCUUCCGAUGAUAGACUGAGGCAACCGAUGCCCUUGUAAAAAAAAAAAAAAGAAUCAUCAAUCUUCAUGUAUUUUUCCCACUUUUACAGUUGUCUGAGCCACUUGGAUUUAGUAGACUUAUUUUCCACAACUUUUUUUUUUACAAAGGUGUUGAAAUAUACAGAAAAGUUAAUAAAGCGUCUUUACCUAC